AUGCCUUCUACUUCUUCUUCGGCCAUGCAAAUGCCCCGUGAACCGGCCCCCGCAGCGUUCCCUACCGAACGAACCAGCACCGAACAGCCGCGACCAGUUCAGCCCAUGACAAUGGAACAGCCUGAAAUGAGCAUGCGAGGAGGUAAAGACGGUGGUGUAAGGACGACCAAUUCAUUGGCUCUGCAACAUUAA